AUGUCUGUCAAUAGUACUAUUAUAAUCUGUGUUGAUUCAAAUCAGUCGAAUACUAAUCAAACUACUCAAAAACAACUGCAUGAUGUUUAUGAAAUAAUAAGACUCGCUGUUGACCAAUUAUCCACAAUCGCUUGUUUAGUUAACAAUGUUGGUAUGGGAUUACCCGUUACGUUGUUUAGUGGAGAAGUUAAUUCGCCGAAUGAAGAAUCAAUUAGAAAUAUCAUUCAUUGUAACAUUUUGUCUGCAGUAACAAUGACAAGUAUAAUUCUUCAGAAAAUGUUAAUACAGAAGGGACCUAAUCCUAUCAUAAACAUUGCAUCUUAUUCAGGUUUAAGAGUGUUUCCUUAUGCUUCAUUGUACGCUUCAACCAAAGCAGCUAUCAUUCAAUUUUCGAGAUGUGUGGCUGCAGAGAAGUAUAAAAAGAAUGUUAUUAUACAAGCGAUAUGUCCAUUAUUUGUGUCGACAAAUUUGACCAAUCUAAUGAAAACCACAUUUUUCAUACCAACUGAAAAAGUGUAUGCUAAAAGUGCAUUAGAUAUGUUUGGUGUUGAACAACAAACUUCUGGUUAUUCUCGGCAUGAGUUAAAAGCAUAUCAUUACAAUGUCGUUAAAUCUUAUUAUUGUGUGAUAUUCUGUUGUCCAUCAUCAUCAUCAUCAUCAUCAUCAUCAUCAUCAUCAUCAUCAUCAUCAUCAUCAUCAUCAUCAUCAUCAUCAUCAUCAUCAUCAUCAUCAUCAUCAUCAUCAUCAUCAUCAUCAUCAUCAUCAUCAUCAUCUCAUCAUAUAUUCUACUUCAAUUUAAACAGUAAUAUGUUUUUAUAA